UAUCGCAGCCUUCCAAAAAUUUCAGAAACUUUUACAACUCCAAGCACGAUCGUCUCCCACAACAGCACACCACUCGUUCCCCGAACCUGGAGAAAUCACCGCACCACCGGAGCACACCACACGGCUCACAGAUCGUCACCAGUUCUCCCACACGCAGCACUACAGGCAGAUUUUCUACUUAUGGUGAAAACAAAGCAAAGGCAGCUUGUGGCUAUCCCUACAAACAAGAAUAUCACGCCAAGUGGCCACGUUGACUCGUCAAAGUCCAAUAAUGAUCUGGACCUACUGGGAGACGAUAGUUGGGUGAUCGUGAAAAAGCAGAGGAUCACCAUUUUGGUGCCUCCUCUACCUGCUGCCAAAAAGUUGACAGCUCAAAACCCGGGACCAUAUCAGCCGCAAGCCACAACCAUAAAAACAACGACUAACCAAGUACAACCUCCAAUUGAUAUAUGUUCCGCAAUGCCUUCAAUUGAGGAACGAGAGAAGUCGAUGUCAUUGGCUCCUAAACAGGGUAUUCAAUUUGCGAGAAAAGCUUCUGAUCAAGAGAUGCCAACAUUAGCCAAGCCACCAAGGAUAGAUUUAAGAACGGAAGCAGGAAAGCCGGAUCAAGUUGGUACCUCAAAGAUUUAUAAAAGAUUUGGGGUAUCUGCCACCUCAAAAGUGAUCAAGCGGCCUAGACUAUUACAUUGCCCCAGUAUCAUCCUCGAUGGGGGAAUGUUGCUAAAUCAAAGGCUCAGGGCAUCAAAUCUUGAGAGGAAGCUUCAAAAAGCUGGUGGAUUAAGCAGGUGGUUAGCAUCACUUGGACUUGGUCAGUUUGUGAGGAUUUUUCAGAGGAAGAGUGUUAAUAAAUUUCAGUUGGUGAAUUUAACAAUGAAGAAGCUCAAGGAUAUGGGUGCAAAUGCAGUGGGGCCUAGGAGGAAACUGAUACAUGCUAUAAACUGUGUUUGCCAGCCCUAUGGUUUGGAGGCCAUCUGAAUGUUCCUGGGAUCUUGCAGCAUUUAGAAAAUUUUGGGAGUGGGGGGGGGCAAAGACACUGUACAAAUGCAACAGCCUAGUGCUAUUAGUCAGAGACAUGCCUCGAACAGUUAGGUUUAUUAUGACAACUAGUUAGGAGAGAAUAGAAAGCACAGGUUGCAGGUAGUAAAAGAGAUCGUAACCCUUUGGACGUGGUAAUUGUUUGCCUUGGUUUAUGAACAUGUUUGUAAAUUAUGGAAGUUAGCCACACAGCAGUUGUUCUUUUGUUCUCAUCUUUUCUAUUCUUUUUCUUUAUUUUUUUUAAUUUUCACAACUUUCAAAUCAUAUUGUAUAAGAUGAACUGAGAAGGUUCAGCUGUAGAUAGAGCAUAAUGGAGGAUUGGUGUCAUCAUCCUUGGGCAUUAUGCUACCAUGUUGCUAAAGGAUUUGACUUGUUUCCAGUUCCGAACCCGUUGGGAUUGGAACAAUGUUUCUUGUAUUCUGGUACGGGACACUUGUUUUUCA